AAACCUCAUCAGGGCCGCGGCUCCAUCGCCCCGACAGCGCGGGCCGGCGGCAAGGACCGGGCCGACCCCGCUCCGCUCCGCCACCGCCGCCUGAGGACCGCGCGUCGGCGCCGCGGGACGGACCGAACACUGCGCGGCGGCGGCGCGGCUCUGCCGCUCGUCCGGGAGCUCUUUUUGUAGCGUUCGUUUUUUGGGCUUUUUUUUUUUUCCCUCUUUUUUCCUCAUUUUUUUUUAAUUAUUUGUAUUGCGACUAUUUUUAUUUUUAUUAUUAUUUUUAUUUUUAAUUUUUUUUUUAACUUUCCUGCGGGACGUCGGAGGAAACCCGCCCGGCUGUUAGCAUGAUGUCUUACCUCAAGCAGCCCCCGUACGGCAUGAACGGGCUGGGGCUGCCGGGCCCCGCCAUGGACCUGCUGCACCCCUCCGUCGGGUACCCGGCCACCCCGCGGAAGCAGCGCCGGGAGCGCACCACCUUCACCCGCUCGCAGCUGGACGUGCUGGAGGCCCUGUUUGCCAAGACGCGCUACCCCGACAUCUUCAUGCGGGAGGAGGUGGCCCUGAAGAUCAAUCUGCCCGAGUCCCGAGUGCAGGUCUGGUUCAAGAACCGCCGUGCCAAGUGCCGGCAGCAGCAGCAGAGCGGUGGUGGAGCCAAGAGCCGCCCGGCCAAGAAGAAGUCGUCGCCAGCCCGCGAGAGUUCAGGCUCAGAGAGCAGCGGGCAGUUCACGCCGCCGGCGGCAGCCUCCAGCUCCUCGGCCUCCUCCUCCUCCUCCAGCUCGGCCUCCUCGGGGGCGGCGGCAGCGGCGGCCGGGGCUGCCCCGGCCUCCUUGGGUACGACGGCCUCGUCCAUCUGGAGCCCAGCCUCCAUCUCUCCUGGUGCGGCCCCGGCGGGGGUGACGGUGCCCGAGCCCCUGCCGCCUGCCGGCGCGUCCUGCAUGCAGCGUGCGGGGCCAGCAGCCUCCGCCAGCUACCCCGUGUCCUACGGCCAGGGCGGCGGGUACGGGCAGGGCUACCCCGCACCGCCCUCCUCGUCCUACUUCGGGGGAGUGGAUUGCAGCUCCUACCUGGCCCCCAUGCACUCCCACCACCAUCCCCACCAGCUCAGCCCCAUGGGGCCCUCCUCGGUGCCGGGCCACCACCACCACCACCCGCUGAGCCAGAGCUCGGGCCACCACCACCAUCACCACCACCACCACCACCAGGGCUAUGGCGGCACCGCGCUGCCCUUCAACUCCUCCGACUGCCUGGACUACAAGGAGCCGGCCGCCGCCGCCUCCUGGAAGCUCAACUUCAACUCCCCCGACUGCCUCGACUACAAGGACCAGGCCUCCUGGCGCUUCCAGGUCUUGUGAGGGCCCGGCCCCACACCGACCCCCACGCCGGGCCUCCUCCCCGCUUCGGCAGCGGCCCCGUCUCUCCUGACUGAUAUUUAUUUGCGUCCCGCGCCCCUCCGGCCGGGUUAUUAUAAUUAUUAUUUUUUUAAACGGAACAGAAGAGGACUUGGAACACAAAAACCCAAAGGCUCCCUGCUCCUCAUUGGCUCUCCGGGGAUGGAUGAGCACCGGCUCCGGCCCAGCGCUGUGGCCGUUCCCUUCAGCUGACGCUCCUGGGCUGCCGUUGAUGGCGAUGAGCCCAACGCGAAAACACAACUUUAAGCUCUGUUUUUGUUUUUUCUUUCUUUUUUUUUUUUUUUUUCUAAAAUGUUAUUUUUUUGUUUCUCAGUUUUUCUCCCCUACCGGAGGCUCCUCUCGCCACCUCCGUCCGUCCGUCUGUCCGCGAGGGGCCGGUGGGGCCAGAGAGGAGGAGGAGGAGGAGGAGGAGGAGGGGAGGGAAGGGCUGCUCGGCCGACCCGCGACCCGCAGACCAAAAAAACAAAAAGCUUUUUGAAAAAAUUAAAAAAAAAAAAUUAAUAAAAAGGAAAG